AUCGUGUAUUCAUCGAUAACAUAAUCUACUCGUAAAAUGGCCCUGAAUAUUAAUAAUGUAACAGAGAUUCUCGAGAAAUUCAAAAGCGAAAUUAUCGCAAAUACUAAGGAAGUUAUAAAAAAGGAAAUAAGUGAGUUGAAUUUUAAAACAAUCAUCGCAGAACAGAAUAAUAAAAUUGAAGAACUAAGAACGCAGAAUGAAAGAUUGAAAAGUGAUCUUCAGAAACAGUAUUAUUUGAUUAACAACAUGAAAAGAGAAAACAAUUUGAUUUUCUAUGGGGUUAAUGAGUCUGAUAAUGAAGAUGGAGGACACAUCAUGGGAAAGAUAAUGGACAUAUGCAAUGAAGUGAUGAAAGUGGAACUUAAAGAAAGUGAGAUAAACUUUGUUCGAAGAUUGGGAAGAAAAUCAGAUACUAAAACACGGCCAAUUAUCCUUUCGUUAGUCUCGAUGAGUAAGAAAACAAGUAUCCUGAAAAACUGUGGCAAGCUGAAAAAUUCCAAGAUCUUUGUUAAUGUAGACCUAGAUAAGGAAUCGAGAGAGAAGCAUAGAGAGCUGAGUGAUAUCCGAAAAAGACUUAGUAACACACAUAGUGUUAAGAUGGCAAAGAAUGGGUUGGAGGUAGAUGGAAAAUUUAUGAGCUAUGAUAGCUUGAGAGCUGAGCACAGUAUGGAAGCGGGGGAAAAUCGUCAAUGGCAGGAAAACAGAAAAAAGAGAAAAGGAGAAACUCUUCAGAGGCAGACCCGGAAAAACAGCUCCAGUCAACCAAUCAACAAUUCUGAUAUUACAACUUUUUUUCGUCCCUCAGGGAGUGGAGAGAUUAAAAAAUCUGACCAAUAAUUGCUUGAAACAUCAACAUCCAAUAGUGAGUCCACCCAGUAGCGUUGUUAAUGAAACAGAGAACAAAAAAAUCAGGAUAAUUUCCUAUAAUAUUGCUGGUAUCAAAAAUAAAAUUUAUGAUGCUGAUUUUGUGAAUUUUUUGCAAGAGUUUGAUAUUGUAGUUUUGUUAGAGACAUUUCUGUACGAUGAAGAACUGUGUUCAAGAAUAAAAUCGAUUAUGAAUAAUUUUGAUAUGAAUUGGGAACCGGCGGAGCGCACAUCAAUCUAUGGCAGAGCAAGCGGAGGAAUUAUUUAUGCAAUCAAGAAAAAUAAUGAGAAUAUUGCAAGUUUUCGUAAUAUUGAAGGAUUUGGUGUGAUUGAUAUUCUUCUAGAUGGAAAUUCUGUGUACUUGCUACCAGUAUAUAUGAAAGCUAGUGAGUGGAAUAAUAAUUUUAAGCGACUAUACGAUUUCCUGUUGAAUUUGGGAGACAAGAAGGUGAUAGUGAUAGGAGAUCUCAAUGGAAGAGUUGGAAGCUGUCAAGUAAUACCUGAUGUGAUUCUUACGAAUUCUCACAGCUUUGAAAGAAUGGAUAGAGUAUCUAAAGACCCUAUUGUGAAUGCAAACGGCAGAGCUCUCUUAUCUUUGUUUGAUGACUUUACACUGAUUAUACUAAACGGCCGUAUGUGGGGAGACCUAAGUGGAGAAUUCACAUAUAUUGGAGGUCGAGGGUCCUCAGUAAUAGAUCUUUGUGCUUUGUCAGCUGAUUUGAUUUCAUACGUUACAUCAUUCCACGUUCUGCCUGCAACUUUCUCAGACCAUCUACCAAUCGUCUUGCAGCUGAGAGCAGGUCAACAGGCCCAUGUUCCGGAAAACUCACGGGUUAUACCGUUAUUACCGAAAUUGAAAUGGAACCCUAAAAACAAGAACACCUAUCAGAGGAAACUCAAUGCUCUAGUGGAGAAUAUGGAUGCACGGAAUGAGACGGAUGUGGAUCUAGAGGUACAUCUUACAUGCCUGGUAAGUUUGAUAUACGAAUGUGUCCCUCUAAAUAGUAUCAAACUAAAGAAUAAACAGACUGAUUAUUCUUCAAGACAGAAUUGGUUCGACCAGGAAUGUAGAGCAGAGAGAAGGAAAUUGUUUGAGUUGUUGAAGGUUUAUAGAAGGACAAAUUGUGAAGCUAUUAGAGAGCAGUAUGUCGGCAAGAGACGUCAAUAUAAACAAAUGUGUACCGGAAAGAAAAAAAGUUAUUGGCUCAAUUGUGUUGAAAGAUUCAAUACUGUAUCGGAUUCAAAGGAAUUUUGGAAUAUUGUUAAACAACUGAAAAAGACACAAUUUUACUCUGGUGCUAAUAUCUCUAUGGAAAACUGGAUGCAACAUUUUCAGCAGCUCUUGAAUCCAACUGUUGUGUGUGAAAGACUUCUCUAUGCAGAGCCGGAAAUUUCAAUAGAUAUAUUGGAUUCACCAAUAACACUGCAAGAACUAAACAAGGUUUUACUGAAAGCUAAGGAUGGAAAGGCACCAGGGGACGAUCGUAUAGCUUAUGAAUUCUACAAAAACGCGCCGGAAAAUUACAAGAGAAAACUGGUUAAUGUGUUUAAUAGAAUAUUAGAGAAGGGAGUCGUUCCAGAAGCAUUCAAAAGCUCAAUAAUAUUCCCAAUUCAUAAGAAAGGUGAUAGAAACGAACCAUCGAAUUAUAGAGGAAUAUCGUUUGGGAAUUCCAUAGGAAAAUUGUUUGCAGGUGUGCUACUGCUACGACUUGAGGCUUGGAAUUUAGAGAACAAUGUGCUGGGCGAAUUUCAGGCUGGUUUCCGGCGGUCCUACUCCACAGUAGACAAUAUAUUUAAUCUUGUCAGCAUUGCUAAAAUCAAGUGCAGAAUCAGGAGACAGAAACUGUAUGCCUUUUUCGUCGACCUCAGUGCCGCGUUCGACCGAAUAGACAGAUACUCUCUCUUUUAUAAAUUAUCCACAAUCGGAAUAUCAUCAAAGAUCAUCAGAGUAUUGAGAAGUAUGUAUGAAGGGACACGUUCUAGAGUUUGGGGACAGGAAGGUCUGACGGAAGCAUUCGAGACAUGUACAGGCGUGAAACAAGGCUGCUUGGUGAGCCCACUUCUGUUCUCUCUUUUCAUUAACGAUAUAGAGGAAUAUCUGGAGGGAGGUGUUAAUGUAGGAGAGACACGAAUAAAGCUGCUUGCCUAUGCAGACGAUAUUGUGCUGCUAGCGCCUGAUCAAUGGACUCUCAGUAACAUGAUUGGAGGUCUAGAGGAAUAUUGUAAACUGUGGGGUCUACAAGUUAAUUUGGGAAAGUCUAAGAUUAUGAUUUUCAGGAAUGGAGGAAAAGUGAAAAGCUCAGAAAAGUGGUACUUCAAUGGUGAGCAGGUUGAGGUAGUAGACCACUAUAAAUAUUGGGAAUGGUAUUGACAUCUAGGCUAUCUUGGACUAGACAUCUCAAGGAAAGGUCUAACACAGCAAUAGCAGCUUUAAGUUCUUGUGGCACAAUAAUCUUCAAUGAUAAGAUUGGGUUUGCUGCGAAAAAACGAAUUUUCCAGACGGUGACUCGAGCUAUGCUUUGCUAUGGAGCACAGAUUUGGGGGACAAGAAUCUAUGAUAUUGUAGAGAAAGUUCAAAGGACAUUCGUUAAGAGAGUAUUUUGUUUGCCAAUGAAUGCGCCAAAUUAUAUUCUGUCCCUCGAAACUGGAAUGCCAAGUCUGUUCACCUACACUUUGAAGCAGCACCUCAAGUAUAUUCAGCAAGUACUGGCAAUGCCUGAACACCGAUAUCCUCGAUUGUUGCUGAAGGAGAUCAUCGAUAAAAAUCUAUAUCUGGUACAUGAAUGGCAGGAUCUCAAUGAACAACUUCACAUCCGUUUGGAGCCAGAAGGAAUUGGAGACAUUAAUGUUGAAGAGUUGAUCACCUUGGUGGAGCGGCAGCUGAGAAGUCAGUGUCAUGAGAGGGCGCAGAAUUCGCGGAGACUAGUACUCUUUCCAAGAUUGCUGAAAUUCAGUGAAUAUCUGGAGGGGGCUGAAGACUUUGCAUCGGUCAAGUGGCUCUUCAAGGCAAGAACUGAACAAAUUCGUCUCAACAGAUAUUCAUUUGUGACCAGCAGCCAGCUCUGCUCUCUAUGCAACGCCCGGAAAGAAGAGGACAUUUUACACUUUUUGGGAGAAUGUGCGGUGUUGGCGGAGAUCAGAUGGAGAUAUUUCCGGAGAAGGGUGCUAUCGGCUGACGAGCUUCUGCCCUACCUGAACGGUGAAGCAUGGAGGAUUUUGAGUGCAUAUUGUGGACGGGCGUGGAGCUAUCGAUUCACUUUGGUGAGUGAGUUUAAUUAUUGAGUGGAGAACUUUUUACUAACCAACUUUGCCAACCUACCCAGAUGUCACGCUAGUGAUCCAGGGUAUAUAGGCCGGCGAAAAAAACAAAUCAAAUGAGAGGAAAUGAAAGACUUUUUUGAAAAAUUU